AUGAACGCUGCACCACCUGCAGGAAGCGCACUGGCCACGCCCUCUGGCAGCGGCGGCCCGACCACACCCAAGAAGGGCCCACCCAAGUUCAAACAGAGGCAGACUCGCACAUUCAAGAGCAAGGCCCCCAAGCCUGGACAGAAGGGAUUUGGUGAUGACAUCCCUGGAAUGGAGGGUCUUGGCACAGACAUCACAGUGGUGUGCCCAUGGGAAGCCUUUGGCGACAUGGAGCUCAGCGACCUGGCCAAAUACGGCAUUAUCUAA